AUGAAGAAUGCAAUGCCUGUUAGAGUCUUGCGAACGCUUCUUGUGCUAGCUCUAGCCUUGUCUCUCACUCAAGGACAGGAAGUGACAAUAACAGUAGACCCGAGUGUGGAUAACUCCGGCUGUUCCUCUGCUCAACAGCUGCGUGGUACUGGUGGAGUAGCUACUUGUAGAACACUCAAUGAUGCCCUGGGGAAUGUAUCCUUUGCCGAAAACUGUACUGUUGCCGAGGAGGACAGGGUGGAUAGUGCUGUCAUAAGGCUGGUGGACGGAACACAUCGUUUGACAGAAUGCCUCGGAUUGAUUCAAAGCCACAACAUUGUGUUUGAAGCGGUCAACACGGGUGGAGCCACACUUACUUGCUCUAGCUUCCCCAAUGACAGUGAUGUCUUUGACAACCUCGCAGUGUGUGCCUCGAGCAACAUAUCAUUCCGUGGGAUCCGGUUUGAGGAGUGCGGCCCCACCUCCACAAACGUGUUCUUCAACUAUACCACGGAUAUCACAUUUGAGAACUGCACCUUUUACCAGAACACAGGCUCCCCCCUCCAGAUACAGUUCUCCACAAGAAUCACUGUUAUCAACACUGACUUCUUCCUCAACAACAACUCGGUUGUGGCCACACCAGAUGUAGAAGAAACCAACAUCGAAGAGCUGUACGGUGAAGUAACCACUUCUGGCGGGUUCACGUUCUUCUCUCAAGGCAAAGACGCGGAAAUACUCAUUCAAAACUGUCGAUUUAUCUCAAAUUCAGCAAACAGAAACGACCCAAACAACUCUCGCCCAGUGCUUCUCAAACGGAACGGACACGGUGGUGCAAUAUUGAUACGCCUCGUUGCUACAGACAAUGCAUUGGUCACUAUUUCUGACUGCACUUUCACAGACAACUCAGCCCAAAUUGACGGUGGUGCUAUUUACAUUUUUCUCUCUAGUGGUGCUUCUUCAAGUAAUUUCCUGCUGAGUAACAACACCUUUACGAGGAAUAGCGUGGAGCAAGCCUCAGGCGGAGCUGUGAGCGUCAACUCGUUUGAUUUCACUUUCAAUAACUCCAUUUUGGUCGAGGACUGUUUAUUUGUGGAGAACGUUGGAAGUGCUGGAGGGGCUUUCAGUGUGGCCCUCUACGAUAGUAACCUGAACAGCACUCGACUCCCGGACAUAGUGAGCUUCACAAGAUGCAGGUUUAUUGGAAACACUGCUGAGAAUGAAGGGACGGCCGUGGGACUGUUCUCACUCGUGCAUGUCGACCAGAUUGGGUUCCCCAUCAGCUUCAUUGAUUGUGUGUUUGAGAACAACACGUCCCUAGAGGACAACCAAGACACCAGUGCCAUUGCUGCAUUCAGAUUCCCCACAGUUUUCUCUGGCUACAACAACUUCACGGGGAACAUCGGAGGAGGUAUCACACUGCUCAAUACAAGGAUGGAGGUCAAUGGCAGCCUCUGGUUCCAGGCUAACAGAGCUGUGUUUGGUGCCGGCCUCGCCAUGGACGAUCGAUGUCUGCUUGAGAUCAGUCCUAACACUCAGAUCACCUUCCUCGAGAACGUGGCCACUGAAGCAGGUGCCGGUAUUUAUGUAGAGUUCCCUCCCAUCAGGUUUGUGGUAGAUAUUUUCAACCGGCUGUGCUUCCUGCAAUACAAAGACCCACAGGGCAGAGAUGUGGAGCCUCAGGAGUGGAAGGGUGUGUCGAUCAAUUUCAUCCGUAAUGAAGCUCGACUGAGUGGGGCCGCCAUAUUCGCCUCUGACAUGCAGCAGUGUAGUUGGCUUGGCAAUAACUUCACCACUGAUGAUUCCAUCAUAUUCAAGCGGCCCGAGGGCUACAGUCCUAACGAGUACUACCCCUUCAAUUACAUGGAGAACAGACUGCGGCCUGAGGGUAGGAACGUGUCACAGUUGACGGACUCGGACCUGGCAACAUCACCAUCCAAAAUCCUUCUCAACAUUUCAAUGUUUGAGUAUGUACAGCCUGGAGAGACACUUCAGAUCAGUCUCCUCGCCACAGACCAAGUGGAGAACAGCAGGGAGGCAGUCUGGUCACUGGAGGCACCCUCCUCCACUGCAAAUAUAGACGCCCUCUCUGCCAACACCAAUACCUACCCCUAUCAGGUCCCAGCCGUGCAAAACCUCCCUGGAAUCUCAGUCAUACCUGGUUCUCAAGACUUGUCCAGCGUGAGCUCUAACUUCUCCUCCCAAUUUAACCUCACUUUUUCGCUACUCAGAACGCUGGGCUCGGCAUCGACCCUCCCCCUGGAAGUGCUAGGCUGUCACCCGGGUUACAUACUGGACACUGCCGGGAACUGUGCCUGUGACACGAGCAACAGUGACAUACUGAGAUGUGAUGACAACAACCGAUACCUCUAUCUCAGAGAGGGUGUUUGGGGGAGCGAGAGCAGUGGUCGUGGGUUGAUCACGGCGAGGGUACAGCCUGGCUAUGUGAACUGUAAGAGACAAGGACGACUGCAGGGAUGCCUCUUUGUCUUUGAUGACCCUGACAGCCAAUGCAGGGAUGGGAGAAAAGGUCCAUUGUGUGGUCAGUGCGAAGAUAAUUACUCGGUGACCUUUGACCUCCAGGACUGCAUGGCGACACCCUGCUACGCUGGCCUGGUUGUGUUCAUACUAUAUUGUCUGGGAGUUGUGGCUUUUUGUCUGAUUGUCCUCGUAGUGAACAAAGGUCUACCAAACGAGCUCAAGGGAUUCUUCUUCUAUGUUCAGGUGAUAGGCUUGGUGUACAGGCCGUAUCAGGUGGUGCAGACAACAGAGACGCAGGUGGACACUAGGGUGUUGAGUAUAGUACUCAACCUGCUGGGAUUCAGUGUGCCCAUCCCCCUCUGUCUGUGGGAGGGGAUCCAGGCUCAGCACAUCGCGUUGCUAGGAUACAUACCCCCUGCAUUGGCCCUAUUCACCAUCAUUGGAUAUGUUAUUGCUGCUCAGUGGAUCAAUGCCCUGGGCAAGCACUCCGCCCUCAAGGCACUCACCUUUAUAUCACUCUUUGUGUACAAGUACGUGGCAGACACAGCCUUCAUAUUUGUCAGCUGUCUACCUACUGACCUCGGAUUUGUGUUUCAAUACGAUGGCUCUGUCCUGUGUACCGGGGUGGAGUUUGGAUUUCUGUUUGCUAUUGGCCUAAUCUUUGUCGCCUUUUUUGUCUUUCCGACACCCGUCGCUCUCGUGUAUAUCUGUGAGAGGAGACCUCUGAUGUUUCAGCACUAUGCUGAUGUUCUCACUCAAGGGCUGAAAACAAAGCAUCGUUGGUGGGGAGGGUGGGACUUGGGGCGGAGACUGCCAUUCGUUGUCAUAGCAGCAUUCAUUGUACACGUCAGACCAUCAGUCAUUCUGUUCAUGAUGAGCCUGGCUGCUUUGGGAGUCCUCAUCAUUCAUGUGUUUACCAAACCCUUUGAGAAGAUGUAUAUCAAUGUCAUAGAGGCAGCCAUCUUGCUCAACCUGCUCAUGGUCACAGCUGCCUUCCUGGAUCCCUCGAACAGUCCCGUCCCAUUCGCCUUCAGUACCAUACUGGUCCUGCUGCCUUAUGUCUACGCUGCCGGCUACAUCAGCUACACGAUUGGAUACAUGAUCUGGAGUCGUGUUAAGAAGAUGAUGAAGAAGCCUGACCUUGAUAGCAAGAGUGUAGACCUCAUCAAUGCACCGACUGAUGAGCAGGAGGUAGCCACCAGCACAAAUAAUACAGCAACUAGUGGUACAGGUUCAGCAGCUGGCACGUCUGGUGGUAAGACGACCUCGGGAGAUAGUAGGCCACUGUCUGGUGAACCCAGGAGACCCACUAUCUUGGGAAACUCUAUCGAACUAAGAGAACCAUUACUAGAAGAUUAAUUUGAUAAAGUAUUUUUGUUCAACUUCUUAAUUUUUAUGCUAUUGUCAGUGAAUUAAUUUUUUUAUGAACAUUUUUUAUGUUAUUGCCCGUCUCUUGAUAUAAAUAUACCUACAUUGAA